UGUCUCCUCCGAAUUACUUCCUGUGGGAAACAAGUGGUAGUGAGGAAGAAGGGUAGAGAAGCCAAAUAGAGCGCUGCCUAUUUAGCUGUCGCUCACCAUCAGUGUUUGCAUCCACACUUUUCCCUUGGUUUUGGCAUAAUUCUUGGACAGUGGUCGUGUGUGGUUUGUUUUAUUUCAAAAUACUCCUACCAGGGCAACAAAAAACAUGAGUGUGGAGGCGUACGGGCCGAGCUCACAGACUCUUACGUUCCUGGACACCGAGGAAGCAGAGCUGCUGGGAGCAGACACUCAGGGCUCUGAAUACGACUUCACCGAUUUUACCCUGCCGAGCCAGACCCAAGGCCAGACCCAAAGCCAGCUCGACAACCAGGUUAACGGUCCUGGAGGUGUCUUGCAAAAUGGUGACGACCCUGUGGUCAAAGCUAGUCAGUUGCUGGCAGAGUUGAACUUUGAGGAGGAUGAGGAGGACACCUACUAUAGUAAGGACCUCCCUGUACAUGCCUGCAGUUACUGCGGGAUUCAUGACCCAGCCUGCGUGGUGUACUGCAACACCAGCAAGAAGUGGUUCUGUAAUGGCCGUGGAAACACCUCUGGCAGUCACAUUGUGAACCAUCUGGUGAGGGCGAAGUCCAAAGAGGUGACCUUGCAUAAAGAUGGUCCACUGGGGGAAACUGUGCUGGAGUGUUACAAUUGCGGCUGUCGCAACGUCUUCCUGCUGGGCUUCAUCCCUGCAAAGGCAGACUCGGUGGUGGUACUUCUGUGCAGACAGCCAUGUGCCAGUCAGAGCAGCCUAAAGGACAUCAACUGGGACAGUUCCCAGUGGCAGCCUCUCAUUCAGGACCGCUGUUUCUUGUCUUGGCUGGUCAAAAUUCCCUCAGAGCAGGAGCAGCUCAGGGCUCGUCAGAUCACAGCCCAGCAGAUGAACAAGCUAGAGGAGCUCUGGAAGGAAAAUCCUAGUGCAGCCUUGGAAGACCUGGAGAAGCCAGGCGUGGAUGAGGAGCCUCAACAUGUUCUGCUACGCUAUGAGGACGCCUACCAGUACCAGAACAUCUUUGGUCCUCUUGUCAAGCUGGAAGCUGACUAUGAUAAGAAGCUUAAAGAGUCACAGACUCAAGACAACAUUACAGUCAGAUGGGACCUGGGUUUGAAUAAAAAGAGGAUUGCUUAUUUCACUCUGCCUAAGACAGACUCAGAUAUGCGACUGAUGCAAGGAGAUGAAAUCUGCUUGCGGUACAAAGGGGAUCUGGCUCCUAUGUGGAAAGGCAUUGGACAUGUCAUCAAAGUCCCCGACAACUAUGGCGAUGAGAUCGCCAUCGAGCUGAGGAGCAGUGCUGGCGCUCCAGUGGAGAUCCCACACAACUUUCAAGUGGACUUUGUGUGGAAGUCCACAUCCUUUGACAGGAUGCAGAGUUCCCUGAAGACUUUUGCUGUGGAUGAGACUUCAGUGUCUGGUUACAUCUACCACAAACUGCUUGGCCACGAAGUGGAGGACGUGGUCAUCAAGUGUCAGCUACCCAAACGUUUCACUGCGCAAGGACUGCCUGACCUCAACCACUCCCAAGUAUAUGCAGUAAAGACAGUGUUGCAGCGCCCCCUCAGUCUGAUUCAAGGUCCUCCUGGCACUGGAAAGACGGUGACCUCUGCCACCAUCGUUUACCACCUAGCCAGACAGGGCAAUGGGCCAGUCCUGGUGUGUGCUCCCAGUAACAUUGCUGUGGACCAGUUGACAGAGAAGAUCCACCAGACUGGACUCAAAGUGGUGAGGCUGUGCGCCAAGAGCAGGGAAGCCAUCGACUCUCCUGUGUCCUUCCUGGCUCUACACAACCAAACACGGAACAUGGACAGUAUGCCGGAACUUCAGAAACUCCAACAGCUAAAAGACGAGACUGGAGAGUUGUCUUCCUCUGAUGAAAAACGUUACAGGGCUCUGCGACGCACCGCCGAGAGGGAGCUGUUGAUGAACGCUGAUGUAAUUUGCUGUACCUGCGUUGGGGCCGGCGACCCUCGUCUGGCUAAGAUGCAGUUCAGAUCAAUCCUGAUAGAUGAGAGCACACAGGCAACCGAGCCAGAGUGCAUGGUACCUGUGGUCCUUGGAGCAAAGCAGUUGAUUUUGGUGGGUGAUCACUGCCAGUUGGGUCCAGUGGUGAUGUGCAAGAAGGCAGCUAAAGCAGGACUGUCACAAUCUCUCUUUGAGCGUCUGGUAGUUUUGGGGAUUCGACCAAUCCGUCUGCAGGUUCAGUAUCGCAUGCACCCAGCCCUCAGCGCCUUCCCCUCCAACAUCUUCUAUGAAGGCUCACUGCAGAACGGAGUCACUGCUGGCGACCGUGUCAAGAAAGGCUUUGACUUCCAGUGGCCACAGCCUGACAAGCCCAUGUUCUUUUAUGUCACUCAAGGCCAAGAGGAAAUCGCCAGCUCCGGAACAUCUUACCUCAACAGAACGGAGGCAGCUAAUGUGGAGAAAAUAACAACAAGGUUGCUGAAGGCUGGAGCCAAACCUGAUCAGAUUGGUAUCAUCACCCCUUAUGAGGGGCAGAGGUCCUACUUGGUCCAAUACAUGCAGUUCAGUGGCUCCCUUCACACCAAACUAUACCAGGAGGUGGAGAUUGCAAGUGUAGACGCAUUCCAAGGCAGAGAGAAGGACUUCAUCAUCUUGUCCUGUGUGAGGGCCAACGAGCACCAGGGCAUUGGGUUCCUCAACGAUCCACGCCGUCUUAAUGUGGCACUCACAAGAGCUAGGUAUGGUGUGAUCAUUGUGGGGAACCCCAAAGCUCUGUCCAAGCAACCCUUGUGGAACCACUUGCUGAACUACUACAAGGAGCAGAAGGUGCUGGUGGAAGGACCCCUUAACAACUUGAGAGAGAGUCUCAUGCAGUUCAGCAAGCCCCGCAAGCUGGUCAACACCAUCAAUCCUGGAGGCCGAUUCAUGAGCACAGCCAUGUAUGACGCCAGGGAAGCCCUUAUUCCUGGAUCUGUUUAUGAUCGCAGCAGCAAUGGGCGCACAUCCAACAUGUACUUCCAGACCCACGACCAGAUUGGAAUGAUUGGUAGCGGUCUGAAUCCCAUGACUUCCCUGAACAUCCCCAUCCCCUUCAGCCUCGUCAUGCCCCCUAUGCCACCUCCUGGGUACCUUGGGCAGGUCAACGGACCGACAGCAGGUCGUGGAGGCGGCAUGAAGGGAAAAGCUGGCGGUGGAGGGGGCAGCACUCGGGGUAGUCGCCAGAGAAACCGCAACAACAUAGGGAACCACAGCGGAGGGGGCCAUAUGAGUGGCAGCCAGGCCAGCCAGGACCUGGGCUCUCAGCCCUUUUCCCAGGGGCCCCUGACCCAAGGCUACAUCAACAUGAGUCAGCCGUCACAGAUGAGCCAGCCUGGGCUCUCCCAGGCGGAGCUUUCCCAGGACAGUUACCUAGGAGAUGAGUUCAAGUCCCAAAUUGAUGUGGCGCUAUCUCAAGACUCCACCUACCAGGGGGAGCGAGCCUACCAGCAUGGUGUGACUGGCCUGUCCCAGUACUAGACUCUUGCUGAAAGGAGCUUGGCCUGUGUGAGCUCAGUUCAUCAGAAUUCAAAAUCUGGGUGAUAACAAAAAAAGAACAAACAAGGAUACCCGUUUUCCACCGCUACACCACUGUGUGAAAGUAACAGGAGCGAGAAAACCAACCAAUCACAGGAGAGGAGAGCAAAGAUGGAAGCACAACGAGGGGGGCGGCGUGCCAGGCUGUCGGAGGAGCGAAGGCACUGCUUCCCUGCACGCGCCACGGCGAGCCCAAGGAGAAAGCUGGCGUCUUUGGAAUCAGCGCUGUUGGAGGGACGAGACCUUUCGCGGGUUUGCGAAGGAGAGGAAAGCUCUACUUGGUAACUGGAGGGAGGGGUGUACUGUGUAAAAUCUGGCCCUCGUGUGCCUCUGAAUCCCUCGAGGAUCUCCAGGCUAUCUGGUUGCACAUAUGAUGCUCCCAAAGCUGAGAAAGAUGGUGGUGUCUCACACAUCUGUCCUCCUAGCUCACUGCCCUACAGGAUGAGACGCAGAGCGAGGGGACACAAGUCUUGAGGCGACUUUUCCAAACUUUUCCAAAGUCUUUGGCUAUCCAAGUGAACUCUUGUCACUGGACAUUUGGGGAUCACAAAGCCACUGGUCAUUCACUUUUUUUCCUCAGCUGUUAGUGGGACGUUGAAAAGAAGUGGUGGUGACGCCAUCUCUCAAGGUGGUGUGCAAAGAACAAGUGGUGGAAUUAACUCUUGAAAUAUCAGUCAUUAUUUUGGUUUCCAUAGAGACCAUUUGUUCUUCUCCAUCUAUCCACAGUACUACAGGAAUGACGCUGAUAAGAGUAAUGCUUGUUUUGGUAAAAGCAUGAAGACCCUCACUGCUUGCAGACUCACAAAGAGAAUUUAUUUUAGAACACCAUCCAAUGUAAGCUUUAUGCCACAGCUGCCCUACUAAAUUAACAGCGUUGGUAAUUCCCAACGUUAUUAUUUUUUUAUGUUUAUACAUUAGAAGGUAGAACCUCUUAAACUGAAAUAUUUUUAAGGCAACAAUAGAGUUGAAAUUUCAAAUUCACAAAAUUACAAAAAACACUUUUCACACUUUUUCUCAACUCCCCCAGGGCACAUUAUUUGUCGAUUAUAGUUAUUGAUUUGCCUUACUGAAGAGAAAACAGUUUUAGUGUUUGAAUGUUACACUUGGUUCGUUUCUGACUUUUCCAAUUUGGGUAUAAAAAGAUGAAUUGAGUUUUCUUGUUUUGCACGCAUGUACAGACAGCACUGUCCUCCCUCAGAGACACCCCACACUAUUUCCAUACAGUGACUUGACUCGCGUGUAUGUAGGCUGCUCUAGUUGUUCUGUGUUUCCAGAUCAUUUGAAUCCAUCGGAGUCGGACCAUCUUUAAUAACUUUUGCUCAUCUUUGUUUCGUACUGUGGUUGCACAUGUUCUUACCUAGACUUUUAAAAAAUGUUACGUUCAGCUCAUCUUUCAGGAUUUUGGUCAUCUCAAUCUCGAUUGUCACGUGCAAAUACUGCGUUGCUGCAUCGAACAGAUCUUUUAGCAACGCAAAUGUUUAGCAUGCUGUAUUAUGGGAAACAUUCAGAUGCACGUCUUCCCUUAGAAGAGCUUCUGUUGUGAUUUCAUGAUUUAUCACAUUGAUUUCUGAUCCUACAUUAUGCCUGACGUAGGGUUGCAUUAUUGUGAUGUUUCUCCAAUAACGGAUAGUGGUUGCUCUGAUUGUGCUCACAAAUAUAUAAUUAAUGGAAAUUAAA